CCUCAGUCCUCAUCAGGACUCUUCACUUCCCUAACCUUUUUAAAGCUUUAGAUAUACAAAACCAAAGAACCCAAGAAAGAAGAAAAGCAAUAAAGCAAUGGCGAUCACCAAAAUCACAUUCUCUGCCCUAACCAUUGUCCUCUUCAUCGCCUUCCUUACUUCAUUCCCCAUCACCUCAGCUCAAGCCCCAUCAAUGUCACCAAGCGGCGCCACUGCAGAGGCACCGGCUGGCGACUGCACAACAGCUCUACUUAACAUGUCAGACUGUUUGACAUAUGUGGAGGUCGGAAGCAAACUGAAAAAUCCAGAUAAAGCUUGCUGCCCUGAACUGGCAGGAUUAGUGGAUAGCAAUCCGAUCUGCCUUUGCCAGCUUUUGGGUAACUCUUCAAGCUUCGGAAUCCAACUCGACACGAACAGAGCAUUAGGGCUUCCUAAGGCUUGUAAGAUCACUACACCGUCAGUAAGCUUGUGUGCAGAGAUUGGGAUCCCAAUUGGAGCUCCAGAACCAAGUGGAGGGUCAGGUAAUUUUUUAUUUGUUUAUUUUUUGUUAUUUUUCAUAUUCUUCUGCAAGUAUUGGAAACUGGGUUUUGCUUUGAAUCCACAAAUUUACUGGGUUUUAACUCUCUUUUGA